AUGAACAAGCUACGGGCUUUUUCCCGAAAAGAGUCGGGUUCCUCGCCCAAAGAGAGCUCUUCACUGCCCAAGAGAGUGGUCACAGCCGAGUCUCGCGGUGAGCUGAGUCCGGCCUUAUCUCCGAUCGUCACUCUGCUGUCUGCCCAAACUCAUCGCCGAUACAAUGAAGGUGUGUUCAUGCUAUUGAAAGACCUCGAUUCCGAAGGCCAGGCUGCUGAUCGGAAGUGGUCGGAAGUGUACGGAGUGCUGAUCGGCAAUCAGCUGGCCAUCUACAGCGUCGAAUUGAUGGAGGAACUCCAAGCCAAAACCAAAACAAACAAUAAACCGUCCUACAUCAACUUCACCGAUGCAACCUUCAAAGCCGUCGACGUUUUGCCUUCCAGCAACGGAGACCUGAAAAACGUCAUCAUCGUCUCGACAACUUUGAAAAAUAGAUAUCUGAUCCAGAUCGCCUCCGUUGAGCAGUUCCGCCGGUGGCAUGCGGCUUUCAGACUCGCAGCCACAGAGUACAAACUUCUCCAGGAAGCGUACACUGGUGCCUUAUUGAGUGCACGUGGAUCGCUUCUGUCGGAUAUCAAGGUUGUUCUUGCAGAGACAAAGUUUGUGCACGAGGACUGGACCAGUGUCAGAUUCGGAGCAGGUAUGCCUUGGAAAAGAUGUUUCACAGAGAUUGAGCCACCAGCCAAAAAACACAAAAAGAAGUUUGUUCCUGGGAAAGUCACGUUCUACGAGUCGGAGAAGAAGGGAAAAAAGCUGGCCAUGGCUACCAUUACCAACGCCAACUCCAUCUAUGCCGUUUAUCCUCAGAACUAUUCCGUGAUCGAUCAGAGUACCAUGAUCAAAUUGGACGGAUCCAUCGUUUUUUCGAAGGAUGAAGGAGAAAAGGACUGUUCCAUCUUCCUGAUGCCAGAUCAACACUCGUCUGUUCCUGGAUACGAUACUCUGAUUAGAUUUUUGAUACCAUUGUUGGACGCUUACCAUCUCUAUGGAAGACCAAAGCGGCUGAACGCGGACAAGUCCGAGAUCGACUCGUUGCUAUUUGCUCUCCCCGUCCUCCCGAAACUGCACUACUUGGAGGUCGACGACCUGAUGCAGCUCACGGGCAGCGCAACCACGGCCUCGUGGACCUCGUACCAAUGGACAAGAGGAAUCAAGGAGAUUCUACAGCCAAAGGUCAGCAACGGGUACACCGGUUGCGGCUCAACAGAAGGAACAGUUGGGGCUGUUGGUAUGCUGGAUUUCUCUAGAGACUUUGCUUCUGGUAAAGUGCGGUCCUUUUCGAAUCCUCAAUCGCCAACGUUUGCUCCGAAUCCAAAGAACGCGUUCGGAGCAGAGCCUCGGUCUCCUGCUUUGGAAACACAGACUAUCAACUCGCAAACCUCACCGAAAAAGGUGCCGGAGGUCGACCACAAGUCUGUGGAGGACAAGGGAUCGCUGUACUCUGAGCUUCGGUUCAGAAAGCGCGACGACGAGCUGCCGGUUGCACAGCCUGAACAGAUCUCGAGACCUGUAUCGCCCGAGAAACAAGGUUUACGCAACCCUCCACCGGGAAUACACAGGUCUCCAGGAAACCUGUCCAACAUCUACUCCAAAUACGCCCAGUUGCCUGAUCUGGACCACAUUGACAGUUCUUUGGCCGACAUGGACUUGAAGGAGAAAUCUGCCAUCGACGAUUUGUAUCCGCAAGAGGGAUCCGAAGUAGAGGAAGAGGACGACGACGAGGACGACGACUACGAUAUCAACUUUGUCAAUCCUGCGUCGUCCAAACAGACGAUGAUGAAAUCGUCGCAAUCAGUUGGAUCGUUCACCACUCCUGACGGCAACCACCUGUCGCCUCUUGCCCAGCCAAAUCCAAACUACAAUAGCAAAACGUCGCUGGUUUCGUCGGACUCGGGAGAACACACUCCUGUGGACAGAAGAGUGCUUUCUCAAGAAAGAGUCAUGUCGCCAUUCACAGAGUUCAACAAGUCUUACCAACAGGCCAUGCAGCCCAACAUUGCGUACGAGCAUCCAAACGGACUUUCAAGUGCAAGCACACUGAACGUUCCAAAACAGAGGGCCGACCGCGAAGGAGUCGUCGGAGGUCCACUUGAAGACGUCUAUAGAAGUGCCAGCAACGACAGCGGCGAGUUCUACGACGCCCCUUCGUACGGGGACUAUCCUCCACGGGCACACAAUCCAUACCUGCAGCCGCACGAACUGGGGGGUGGCUCGCGAUCCGGUUCCACAGGCUCUGUGGAACACAGACCAGCGUACAAGAACUCCAACUUCCAGCGUGCUCCACCAGACAACAUUGUUCCCCAGCAGGUUCCUUACAAUAGUGGGCAGCAUCUGGUUCCAAUGCAGGCUGCUCCGGGCCAGAAACUGCAGUCUCCAUACUCUCCAAACGGGAACGCAGCGUACGGGGCCCCAGCGCCAACAGGAGGAUACUCUCCAGCAGGACAUCCUCGUCAGGCGGGUCCGCCAGCAGGAGCUUACGGUGCCAAUCCAAAUGGAUACGCACCUCCUCCAGGACAGCCAAAGCAGAACACGGGGUCUCCUCGCGCAAGAAGACCACCGCCUCCGCUCAUGCAUUCCCAACAGUACUACCCACAGCCUGGGUCUCCUCACUACAACCAGCCUGCACCGUACCAGCAGUACCAGCAGCCGGUUCCUCAGCAAUACCAGCAGCCUGCUCCUCAGCAGUAUGGCAGACCGUAUCCUGAGCCGAUGAACCUGCCCCCACCUACUCAGCAGUACCCACGAGCCAGUCCUACCAGUAUGAAGAGCCCCCACGCGUUCCCGGCCCAACAGAAGCCAAUCAGAGACAAGAACAAUCCGUACUCCUUGGCCAAAGCGGCCAAUGACUCCAAAGUCAACUACAACAAAAAUCCAUACGCCAACUGA